AUGGAUAUGGAAAAGGACAUUCUGAGGGACAUGGCGGAUGGGAUGCUGAAUGAUGUUAUUUCCUCUAGGGCAUACGAAUGGGUAUUCAAGCGAUAUGAAAGGAACUUUAAGGAUAAGAUAGUUUUGGACGUGGGUUGUCGCAGUGGAUUACUCAGCCUGAUGAGCGUGGAGGCGGGUGCAGUCAAGGUCAUAGCUGUGGGCAAUAGAGAAAGUGCCGACUGUGUUAGGAAAGCCAUUUUCAAUAGCGAAAAGGAGGACAUUUUUGAGUUUGUCGAGGGCGAUAUUAAUGAGAUAGUGAUGCCCUGCGGUCUGAAACAAGUGGAUAUCAUAGUGUCCGAGUGGAUAGGUCACUCAGUUUUCGUGGACUCUCUUUUCAAGGAGGUGGUCUACGCCCGAGAAAAAUGGCUUGUGAAGGGCGGUCUUAUUAUUCCCAAUGUGGCUCAGCUUUUUGUCUGCGGAAUUGCCGAACAUCGGCGAGAGACCAUCGAGGUGAAUAUCCUGCCCCAGACGGAUUAUCCCGGCCGGAGUUAUAUGGUCAAGGAACCAGUGCGUCUGAUAGAGGACUAUGUGCUAGAGGAGCAGCAAGUCACCCAGAAGUUCCUCUUGAAGUCAAUCGAUAUUUGCACCGCCCACAUAAAUGAUGAAAAUUUCAGGCUUCCCUUUAAACUCAGGGGUCUAAAGGACAGUCCACUGGGAGCUGUCGUUCUCUAUUCCGACAUUGGAUUCUCCCGACCGAUGGGCAAAUACAGGCGUUUGUUUUCCACGGGUCCCAAGAAGCCUCGCACUUAUCUGAAGCAAACCAUUCUCUUUGUGGACGAUCCCGUUGAGGUGGCCAAACAUGAGCUGGUGGAGGGAUUCCUGGGGAUGUACCACAAUCCCGAUGAGCAUCGCGAGGUGGAGUACUCCCUGUCGUUCGCCGGACUUGGGGUGGUAAAUUCGGGAUCAGAGGAAUCGGAAGAACCUGAAGAAGUUGCGGAAUCCGAUUUUGAGUCGGACGAAAACAUGGAUUUGAGGGAAAUAAAAGAGUUCUCCUCUUGA